GAUUAAGCUCUUUGUGCGCACGCGAGUGUGCCUUGAUGGAAGCUGCUCCCGCAAAACCAGCUGCGGGGGCUGUGGGGAGCAUCCCGUAGGUCAGGGAGCCCUCCCGGAGGAGGGGCAGAGCUCCUGUUUUCGUGGCUCUGAGACCAUGCCGGGACAGUAACUCCUUGGCAGGCAGUACCGUGCUUCGGGAUGGCCGUCUAUGCCCUCACGGGCUUCUCACUCGUCAGCCUGCUCAGCUUUGGCUAUUUAUCUUGGGACUGGAUGAAGCCCAGUUUGGUGGCCGACGUGGCCACGGACCCCAUGGAGAAAUCACUGCCUCCCACCUUCAGCAGGCCACCCCACAUCAUCUUCAUUCUGACCGAUGACCAGGGCUACCACGACAUCGGCUAUCACGGCUCAGAUAUCCAGACACCAACGCUGGACAGGCUGGCAGCAGAGGGUGUGAAGCUGGAGAACUACUACAUCCAGCCCAUCUGCACCCCGUCCCGGAGCCAGCUGAUAACUGGCAGGUACCAGAUCCAUACCGGACUUCAGCACUCCAUCAUCCGCCCUCGGCAGCCCAACUGCCUGCCCCUCAACCAGGUCACCCUGCCACAGAAGCUGCAGGAAGCCGGCUACUCCACACACAUGGUGGGCAAGUGGCACCUUGGCUUCUACAAGAAGGAGUGCCUGCCCACUCGCCGGGGCUUCGACACCUUCCUGGGCUCCCUGACGGGCAACGUGGAUUACUACACCUACGACAACUGCGACGGGCCGGGCGUCUGCGGCUACGACCUGCACGAAGGGGAGGACGUGGCUUGGGACCAGAGCGGGAAAUAUUCCACCUUCCUCUACGCCCAGCGUGUCAGCAAGAUCCUGGCAUCCCACAGCCCAAAGGAGCCCAUCUUCAUCUACGUGGCCUUCCAAGCAGUCCACACGCCCCUGCAGUCCCCCAAGGAGUACAUCUACCGCUACCGCUCCAUGGGCAACGUCGCCCGCCGCAAGUACGCGGCCAUGGUGACCUGCAUGGACGAGGCGGUGAAGAACAUCACCUGGGCCCUCAAGAAGUAUGGUUAUUAUGACAACAGUGUGAUCGUGUUCUCCACGGACAACGGUGGGCAGACCUUCUCUGGUGGAAGCAACUGGCCACUGCGGGGUCGCAAAGGGACGUACUGGGAAGGGGGAGUGCGUGGCAUUGGUUUUGUCCACAGCCCCCUGAUCAAACGCAAGCGUCGGACAAGUUGGGCACUGGUUCACAUCACAGACUGGUACCCGACUCUGGUCAGCCUGGCCAGGGGCAACCUGAGCAAUGUCCAAGGCUUGGAUGGCUACGAUGUCUGGCCUGCUAUCAGUGAGGGCAAGGAGUCGCCACGCACCGAAAUCCUGCACAACAUCGACCCCUUGUACAACCACGCCAAGUACGGUUCCUUGGAGGAUGGCUUUGGCAUCUGGAACACGGCUGUGCAAGCUUCCAUCCGGGUUGGGGAGUGGAAGCUCCUCACUGGCGACCCAGGAUACAGCGACUGGAUACCCCCACAGACCCUGACCAACUUCCCGGGGAGCUGGUGGAACCUGGAGCGUCUCACUGAUGGCCUGAGGAAGUCCGUGUGGCUCUUCAACAUCACUGCCGACCCCUACGAGCGCUAUGACCUCUCAGAGCAGCGCCCAGACGUGGUCAGGACCCUCCUGAUGAGGUUGGUGCACUACAACCGGACGGCCAUCCCAGUGAGGUACCCUGCAGAGAACCCCCGGGCUCACCCAGACUUCAACGGCGGCGCCUGGGGACCUUGGGCCAGCGAGGAUGAUGGGGAGGAGUGGGAAGGUGGCCGAGAGCCCCUGAAAGGCAGGAACAAGAAGAAGAAGAAAUGCAAGAUCUGCAAGCUGCGCUCCUUCUUCCGCAAGCUGAACACCAGGCUCAUGUCCAACCGCAUCUGACAGGACACUCCCCCAGCAUCCACCCAUCCUGGCCAGGGUGGAGCUCUGGACUGCAGUGCUGUGGGGUGGGAGCGAGGGAGAAGGACAGGCAGGGAGGUGGCCAGUGCUCUCUUGCUCUCCCUUGCUCCAGGGUUCACUCCAAAACACCUCCUCUCCCUGGCUGGAGUGGUUGCCGCAGGGAGUUGCCCCCAGUGGGUGAGGAAGGGUGAUGUGGUCUCUGCUGCGGUGCUUGGUGGUGGUGAAUGACUGUGCUGAGCUGGGCUGGCCCUGCACAGCUGCUUCCAAAGAGAGAGACCCUUUCCUCAAGGAUUCUGCAACCAAUCAUAAGCUUUAAGUGUUGGCCAUUGCAAGGGCAGGAGGAAGCAUGGGGAGCUCUGCCUUCGUGUUAACUCUUGUGAUUUCUGUCUAUUUACUGCUGGCUCUCAGCCUGCAGCCAAGCACCUGCAACCUUUGCUCUUGCUCUGGGAACUCGAGGGCCUCCCCCAAACCCAAGACCACCUUGCUUCUUUGUGGAGGGAUGGAUU